ACAGACUGUGGACUCAUUGGCUUAGUUGAAUGACGGGUCUGACGAGACAAAUGUUGAUUAUCCUUCGGAGCGGUUGUCAAGUUUGCAGAGCAGCGCUCGGUCAGCACAGCACAGCAGUGGAAGUUGUGGACUGUAGGAUGAACAGAGAAAUAAGGAAGAAGGAAAAUGGGAGAGAAGUCGGAGACAGAGGACAGUGGGCCAGUAAAACGGAAUACCUUCUGGUCGUCGCAGGAAAUGUGGUCGGUCUGGGCAACGUGUGGAGAUUUCCUUACCUCUGCUACAAGAACGGCGGAGGGGCCUUUCUCGUGCCGUACUGUCUGUUAGCCGUGGUGUGUGGGAUACCCCUGUUCCUGCUGGAGACCGCGAUGGGUCAGUACACCCAGGAGGGAUUCAUCACCUGCUGGAUGAAGCUGUGUCCGCUGGCACAAGGAAUUGGAUAUGGAUAUUUCAUGAUGAAACUCUAUGACUUCUGCUACGUAUUGGUCCAAGUCUGGGCUCUUUUCUACCUGGUGUUCUCCUUCAGGUCCAAGCUCCCGUGGGCCAGCUGUGACAACUCCUGGAAUACAGCUAACUGUGUCGAUCUUCAGAUAUCCAAUUCAUCCAAUCGGACAGAAAAUCCAAUCAACACCACCUCUUCCGCAACGGAGUUCUGGGAGCGGCGGGUGCUCGCCAUGUCCGGAGGCAUCGAGGAGCUGGGCAGCGUCCGGUGGGAGCUGGCUGUGUGUCUGCUGGUCAGCUGGGUGUUUUGCUACUUUUGCAUUUGGAAAGGUGUCAGGUCGUCGGGGAAGGUAUCGUACUUCACAGCCACUUUCCCCUACCUGAUGCUCUUGGUUCUACUCGUCAGGGGCCUGACUCUACCUGGGGCUUGGGGAGGAAUCUACUUCUACCUGUAUCCCGAUGUGAACCGGCUGGCUGACCUGGAGGUCUGGUUAGAGGCGGGAUCUCAGAUAUUCUUCUCCUACAGCCUGACUAUAGGGACGCUAAAUGUUCUGGGCAGCUACUGCGACUACAACAACAACUGUUACAAGGACUGCUUUUGGCUGUGUCUGCUGAACAGCGCGACCAGCUUUGUUUCCGGAUUCGUCGUCUUCUCCGUCCUGGGAUUCAUGGCCGAGAAACAAGGCGUCGCCGUCGACCAAGUGGCAGAGUCAGGUCCAGGCUUGGCCUUCAUCGUCUACCCCCAAGCGACGGCCAUGAUGCCUUUGCCGCAGCUGUGGACCGUCUGCUUCUUCCUGAUGCUCAUCCUGUUGUCCGUCGACACGCAUUUUGUGACGGUGGAGAGCGUCAUCACCUCCGUGAGCGACUUGUUUCCGAAGCUGUUCCGUGGACGAGGGAGGCACGAGAUCUUUGUCCUCGUCUUCUGCUCAGCCUUCUUCCUCCUUCAUCUGCCCAUGGUCACCGAGGGAGGCAUUUACAUAUUCCAGCUUAUUGAUUAUUACGGUUGUACCAGAGCCUGUCAGGACUUCAUGGCUGUAUGUCAGUGCUUUGCCAUGGCUUGGAUUUUUGGUGCCGACCACUUCCGUGACAUCAUCAAGCACAUGACGGGACAGAAGCCCAGUGUUUUCUUUGAACUGUGCUGGAGAUAUGCGAUUCCUCUGCUGUCACUGAUUUCCUUCAUCUUGUACCUGGCUCUUUACAAAAGCCUCAAGAUUAACGACGGGUACACUUACCCCGACUGGGCGUACGCCCUGGGAUGGACCAUGACCCUCUCCUCUGUAGUCAUGGUGCCACUGUGGGCAGCUGGACAGAUGUGUGUCACGCCGGGCACCUUCAGACAGCGUUUGUCCAUCCUUUGUCGUCCCGCUGAAGCUCCGGCCUGCCCGACGGAAGACGGAAAACCGGGAGAGGAGGGGUUGACUGUUGGACUGACGAUGUCUGUCAUGACCGAUUGAUAUGACCUGUACUUAAUGUGACCUGCUGUGUAACAUGGCAACACAUGUAAAUGUCUGCUGAAGGGAUUUGUGUCCAAAUGACAAUAUUUUUAUGGUUUUUCAACCUUAUUUAAAAAAAAAAAAUUUUAAGAACUGAUUCAUUUAAUCUGUUUUACAGUGAAUAACUGUAACUCAAACACUUUGGGGUUUAUGACUGUUAACAUAUUUGAAGACAACUUGUUGUUGGAUUUCUCAAUAUUCUAUAGGAAAAAAAACUGGGGUUUUGUACAUAUGUAAACUAAAGUCAAUCAUUCAACAUAAGUGGUCUUUUUCAGUUUGUGGGCUGACAGGCUCCACAGAUACGCACAUUUAUGUGCACACACACUGAAUAAGUGAUUUUUGCAUAUGCCACCUUUAAAGUAGUGAUAUUCGAACAUUUUCAGAUUUCCCAGGGGAACAAUUCAUGAGUCUUGAUGAAACAACUGGUAUCUAGGAGUGUGUGCAAUCUGCUACAGCGUGCUUGUAUAUAAGAUGACUGUUGGGCCUUGACGGAGGUAUGAACUCUCCUCGGAGCCAUUUCCAGCGACAACAACAAAAAGUUGAUUCUGAGGCAAGAUAUGCGUUGAGUUUCCAACAAUGUUUAUUAAGUAAGUUUAAUAUUCACAUUUUUUUAACUGACAACGAACAUAUUUUCCGUCCUGAACUGGACACGUCCGUGUGUUUUCUGUACGAUGUGUUUUUCGGCUGAGAGUCAAUUAAAACCAUGAAAGUC